GCUCUGAACAAUUUACAGUCGACCUUUCAGGGAUUUGGCCACGUCAACAGUGAAAAUGUCUUCAAGGUGUGUGAUGAACCUCACCCGGUCCUGAUCAAAGACAUGCUGCAACACUGUGUUUUGGGUCACCUGGAUGAUGCCUACAAGGUCAUGGCACACCUAUGGCGUCUGGGAUACUCAGCAGAAGAUAUCAUCACUAUCAUGUUUCGCGUCUGCAAAAAUCAUGACAUGCAUGAGUGGCUCAAAUUGGAGUUCAUAAAG